AUGGCAGGCUGCUGCGAUGCCAGCGCGCUGCCGAAGAACAUCCGACGAGAGUGGAUUGAGGAACUUACGUUGCAGACGUCACUCAACGCAUCUGAGGUGAAGGCCCUGUAUGCUCGCUUUAGGCGCUUGGCUCCGAAUGGCUUCCUUUUGCCUCAGCAGUUCCAGCGGACCAUGGGUGUUUUGGGGCUCUCAGAUGACGCGUUCCUUCCAGAACAUAUGUUUCGCGUGUUUGAUUCGAACGAAGAUGGCAUGCUGAGCUUCCACGAGUUUGCAACGGCCCUGGCCACGAUGAUUCGUGGCACGGAGGACGAGAAGCUGCGGCUGAGCUUCAACAUGGCGGCUGGCAAAUGCCAAGCAGAGCACCUUUCUCUGCAGGAUUUUCUUCAGCUUGUCCGCGCAUGCAAGGGGCUAACAUCCUCGCUUGUGGCGCUAUCCAAUGACACUUCCGAGAAGGAUGUGGAGCGCUUGUUCUUCGAGCUCGUUGGCACUAGCGAUGUCAUGACAUUUGAGACGUACAAGGCAGCAGCGCAGCAUGAGGGCUUCCUGAUGUCGUUGGGCCUGGCGAGGGGUCGAGCUGUGAGAACGCGUGUGGCUACUGGAGCUCAAACCGUGUCUCCGGUCAGCUCGCAAUCGCGUCAGGAUGCCUUUGUGGCUCUGGCAGACAUCACAGAAAUGCAUUCUCGCUUGAACCGUGUUGACGAGCUCCUUCACAAGAAGGCUGCUCAGACGGCAGACUUCAGCGAGGACACCCAUGUUGUCAACUUCGCCGACGCAUCUCCCCUGAGAAGGCCGGCAUCUCCACAGGCCAAUUUGGUCUCGCUUGGUGUUGCCGAUGCAUGGCAGGACUUGGCGAGAUUUGUGGAGGAGUGGGAUGCACUCCGCGGGAAGAUCGGUGGGCUCCAAGGAUCCAGUGGGCUUCUCGGGGUGCGCGAGGCGAGCCUUCCGCUAGAUGACGAGGAGAUGGAGUCCAAAGUGACAUCGCGCGCAAUGUCGCGCAUGAGCUCCAAGCACUCAGCUGAAACUGGCAUCACCGGCGAUGUGUGGCGCAGGCAACAGACGAUGCAGGCAAGCCAUAGGAAGCAGCGCAGGCGUCGUUUGCUUGCUCCAAAGAAGGGACUGGCUGUGCACUUUGGCCACGAAAGCUGGAACAUGGUGCUCAGCAUGAUGGUUGGAAUCCGAAUGUCUGUGGCGCGUUGCAAGCAUGAGAUACAUCGAGAGCUUCAGCCUGUGGAUUAUAUUAUGCAAGAAAAGUUUACCAUUACUCCGCGCUUGAUGCCCUACAGAGAUGAGCGGAAGACAACCCGGUUUGUCGACUUCGCGCCGAUGGUCUUCCAGGAAAUACGCUCACGAUUCGGCAUUUCGGAGGAAGAAUAUUUGCGAUCAGUGGGCCCCGAGCAGCUCUUGGGGAAUCUGGUUUUGGGAAACCUGUCAUCGUUGUCCGAGCUCUCGUCCGAAGGAAAGAGCGGUGCCUUCUUCUAUUACACGGCGGAUGGCAAGUACAUGAUGAAGACCGUCACACCCAAGGAAUUCGUACUUCUGCGAAAGAUGCUCAAAGGGUACUCGGAUCACAUCAAAGAAAACCCCGGCACGCUGGUGGUUCGUUUUUUGGGCCUCCACUGCUUGAGGGCGCAGAAGUCGCGGAGGCCAAAGAAGAACCUGUACUUCGUUGUCAUGGCUAACAUGUUCAACACUCCCUGCGAAAUUCACCGACGGUAUGACCUGAAGGGCUCUUGGGUGGGAAGGGUGACAUUGCCGGAGAACCGAAAUUCCCAUAUUGCCCUCAAGGAUGUUGACUUCCAGCAAGCCAACGAGAAGAUUAUUGUUGGCAAGGAGCGCAAGUCGCUGCUGGCGCAGAUUCGCCGCGACAGCGAGUUUCUGGCCAGCAACAAUAUCAUUGACUAUUCCCUCCUUCUGGGAAUCCACGACAAGGACAGCGCUCUUGCUGUACAGGCCAAAGGCGAAGUGCUUGGCUUUGUGUCCGAGGAUUCCAGGACGAUUUACUUUAUGGGCAUCAUUGAUAUCCUGACUCCAUUUGACAAGAUGAAGAAGCUGGAGCACACGCUCAAGGCUCUUCGUCACGAUUGGCAUGGCGUUUCCUGCUGUCCACCGUCAUUUUACGCGAGCCGCUUCUGCAAUUUCAUGGAGCGUGCAUUUGGUUAG